CGUGCAUCGAAAUGUGGCAUACCAAGCACGCCACCUCUCAAACUACGAGAGGCGGAGUGGUUGCCCUACCUUUGCGCCCCAAUCACUGUCGGGCAUAAAGCUGCCCGACUCUACGUGCAAUCCCAAGCUUACCGGGCCAAGAGGGGAAUGGCUAAAAUGGCGAAGUGGCAAGGCUGGCACAGCAAUCAAAACAGCUAGGACAAUCAGAACCACUGUUGAUAGGGGUCUUAUACGCCCAAACGAAACAUGAAAGGCAAGCUGCAAGUGCACGGAGGGCACGCCGCACCAUGGGCCUGAUCGGCACGGCCACGCCUGCUGCGUCUACUCUAUGGAGACGCCGAACUGCCGCAACCUCACCAACGACCCCGAGUUCUACCAGGUCCCCGCCUGUAGCAAAGUGUGGUUCUCAAGCCUGGACAAGUGGUCGUUGUACCGUAGGUGCAACCUGGGCCUGACGACGGAAGGUGCCUGCAAGGGCGCCCCGACCAUCGACAAGACGUGGAAGUUCCCCGAGCAGAAGAACUAGGGCGUUUCAUGUGUCCCAUGGUUGGCAGGAUAGCUUGUUUCCCCAUGUAUUGGUAGUUGACGUGUUUCUUGUCAAAAUAACUAUAGAUUCAACACGGAUAAAUCUGCGCUCAACGUGGACAGGAAAAUAAAGAUUUUGGU